AUAUCUCUUUUUUUUUUUUUUUUUGAAAACAGCGUUCUUAUAUCUUUUAUGAACUACUAUCGUACUUUAAGAACAAAGCUGAGAAAUUGAUGAGAAAAUUGCUUCUUUUUUUGCAACCUGAAAUCUUGUGUCGGCUCAAACUAAUCGAAAGAUGAAUAAAGUACAUAGAUUCCUGUUGAUUGGGUUCAUAGCAUUCCUCGCCUUCAACUAUGUCGACGCAGGUUAUGAGGUCAAUAUAACUUCCAAUAGUGCUCUAGAUGCUACAAGCGUGGAACCAUUGAAGCAGAAUGGUACCUUCAAUGCGAAUCUUGGCCUGAUAAAUAAUGGUAAUGAAAAGACUUUUGGUCUGAAAAAGAGCAAUUCAAGUAAUCACGUAGUGCUAGAGGAAGCUGAGGAUGAUACAGGACUUGAUGUUAGAAGUUCUGAGAGUACGGUCGACCAUAAUGCUGGCUUAAAAAAUGCUGGAGACCAUGCUUCUGAGAAACAGGAUGAUGAGAAAGCAAAGGCUGUUGGCAUGUUGGGUUUAGAGUCUGGACACGAGGUGGCAUCGUCAACUGGGGAGAAAGAUAGCAUCCGAGGUGAACAUUGUGAUUCUUCACCAUACAGUUGCAACAUUGAGGACGAAUCAUUACUUGCUUGUUUAAGGGUUCCAGGAAAUGAAUCCCCGGACCUUUCACUACUGGUCCAGAACAAAGGAAAACACCAUAUAAGUGUUAGUAUAUCUGCUUCUAAGUAUGUUGAACUGGAGACAAGACAGAUUGAUCUCAAAGAGAUGGAAAACAUGAAGAUAAAGGUUUCCUUCAAGAACAGUGGAAGCGACAACUUCAUCAUUGUAGAGGCGGGAGAUGGUAAAUGUAAGCUUGACUUCAGCAAUCUAAUUGAACACAACGCUGACAACGAAGCUGACCACGUCUCCCACUUCAAGUAUCCAUCACUCUCUUCCUCUGCAACAUUAAUGUUCUUGGUGGCAUUGCUGUUGUGUGCAUCUGUUUGGCCAUGCAUCAACUAUUAUAAGAAGCACGUUUCCAAGAUGGGCAGUGGCAAGUACCGAAAACUAGAUAUGGAGCUGCCAAUUUCGGGUGGAGUGAAACUUGAGGUGGCUGUAAGUGAUGGAUGGGACAAGAGUUGGGAUGACAACUGGGACGAUGAAGAAGCACCAAAAACUCCCGCCGUGCCCGUCACUCCAAGCCGCCCAUCCAAAGUGGUGGUAGCUUCUAGACGGUCUAACAAGGACAGUUGGAAAGAUUAAAUCUUGACAGUAAUGUAGACAUGUUUGUUGGUUUUCUUUCCAAUCAUUUUUUAUACUUCUUAGGGGUUGUUGGGUAGUUUGAACGGCAUGACAAUGGGAAUGAAUGGGGUAGUAGAGGGGAAUGAGAAAGAAGUACUUUGAUCCCAACCUUUUGGUGGUGGAUUGGUGGUGGCCUGUGGGGGAGGUGGGUUCGUUGAUUUCACUAUUCACCUUUCAUUACUUCCAAACAUCACUUUGAUUCCCAUUCCCAUCCACUAUCCACGUCCUCUCCAACCCUCCAACCAAGGGCACCCCUAAUGAUAGCAGCCAAUGGGCCAAUUUUAUUACAGGCUGGUUCAUUAGUGGAUUAAUAUGAAAAUCAAAGCGUUCACGUUAGAACAAUAUUCUGAAUCUUAGCUAGCUGUCUCAAUGGGAAUGAUGUCCAUGUUUUCAUGUUUUCCUUUAUUGUGCAACAACAUGAGUAAUGAUCCACGAUAAAUGUCUUUGAUUGUUUAUUUAACUUUUUGUUUAUUAUUUGUCCUGACUAUUGUGUCCU